UACAAAUUGCAGCAAAUAACGCACUUGCGCAGUCAGUGCAACCUUCUAAUUAAAUUGAACUUAAUUUCUAAUUUUAAAUAUUUCAACGAUGACGUGUUUCUUAACGUUCAGCCCUAAAUACUUAGGGCGCCCAAUUUGAAUGUGUUAGCAGCUAGCAGCUAACUUGUUGCCUGAGCGCCAAACUCACAUCCAGUAUAUUCCUAGUCUGCUUUUAUUAAGAAAAAACAACAGUGCCUAAUAAAUUAUAACCCACUGCACCCUGUUAUUUCUAGUCUCAUACCUUAACAUGAGGUUAUACGUGCUUUACCUCUGACUGUAGAUGAUAAUUCAUAGUCAGAUUCAGCCCUCCUUAAGUGGUCCAGGCUCUGGCGGAGCACAUGGAGUGGUCCAGCAUGAGGACCGAGACUUUGAUCCUUCAGCAGACAUGCUCGUACAUGACUUUGAUGAUGAGCGGACAUUGGAAGAAGAGGAAAGACUGGAGGGAGAGACCAACUUCAGUGCUGAAAUUGAUGACCUCACUCGAGAGGGUGAGAUGCCCAUUGAGGAGCUUCUGAAACUGUAUGGCUACAGCACUGGUGGGUCUCCAGAGGAGGAAGAUGGAGACGUUCAAGAGGAGGAUUCUUCAGAGAAUAAUUGCAGCAGCCAUAGUAAACUCAAAGAGCUUUCUGAUCAAGAGGAUGAGGAUGUGCAGUCGCCUGGUGAGGAGCCUCUGUCCUGCAGUGUUUCUCACAGCACAGCUCAACUCCUCUACCCUCGGCCAUCCAAUUACUGUAAAGGGGAUGAGGAAGAAUCAGAAGAUGAUGAUUAUAUUCCAUCUGAAGAUUGGAAGAAGGAGAUAAUGGUCGGUUCAAUGUAUCAAGCACAGACUCCUGUUGGCCUUUGCAGAUAUAAGGACAACGAAAAAGUGUACGAGAAUGAUGAUCAGCUUUUGUGGAAUCCGGAGUUAAUUCCAGAAGAAAAGGUUGUAGAGUUUUUAUCCAAGGCUUCUAAAUGCAGCGGAGAAGAGACUGGUGUCCAUGCAAUUCCUGAAGGAUCUCACAUCAAAGACAAUGAACAGGCUCUUUAUGAAUUGUUUAAAUGCAAUUUUAAUGCAGAAGAAGCUUUAAGAAGACUGAAAUUUAAUGUGAAGUCUGCCAAAGAGGAAAUGUCAGUUUGGAUGGAAGAGGAGUGUCGAGGUUUUGAGCAAGGACUCAACGCUUACGGAAAAGAUUUUAGCUCAAUACAAGCAAAUAAGGUGAGAACUAGAUCUGUAGGGGAAUGUGUGGCCUUUUAUUACAUGUGGAAGAAAUCUGAGCGUUAUGAUUUCUUUGCACAGCAAACCAAGCUUGGAAAAAGAAAAUACAGUCUUCGUCCUGGAGUUUUGGAUUAUGUGGAGUGUAUUUUGGAUGCGAGGGAGAGCUCUGAGUCCAGUGGAUCUUCAUCUUCACUUCCCACCUCUUCCAGCAAGAGCAAACACCCAUCAGAGCCUGAGAGCGACUCAAAUGCACAGAACGGUGUAGGGAGCCAUUCCUCUGAGCCCCUUCUCUGUGUCACAGAUGAGACCUCUCAGACAAACGGCUCUGCCACGUGUCCAGAUAUUUCCUCAGCAAAGUCACCACCCUGCUCUAACCCUGACGCCAGCAGCCUGAGCACACAAGUCAUGGAGAUCACAGUCAAACAGGAAGAGGAAGAUGAACACUGUGAACGACCUCUCAAAAGGCUUAGGACUGACACAGACCCCAGCAGUGAAGGGUCUGUCACCCACAACAAAACAGAAAUCGUCUGACUCACCAGCAGAAACUUAGAAAAAAAGACAAGGAACUCCUGAGGGGUUGAUACAGGCCCUGUUUUUAGCGUGAAGGUAGCUGUGUGUGGGAAUUUCAGAGAUGCAAAUGAAGAACAUUUCUGUCCUUUCACAAUACCGUCGCUGAGCUCAGUUCAUAUCGCAAACACUCUUGAAAGACUGUCAUGUCAGACAGUCAACUCUGCAGCACUAUUUAUUAAGAUGAUCAAUGUUAUUGUGUUUUCUCUAGGUUGUUUGAAAGGAACAGCUGACUGUAUUUUAUUGUGAGGCUUCUGUCAUUUGGUGUGCAUAACAUUGCUCUAGCUGUAAAUGAACGCUAUGGAAAAGCCCUCUUGAUUUUAUAAGAAGUAUAAUACUGUAAAUAUUUGAAAUCUAAAAGUAUUAUAAAAAAUACACUUUUGUGUAUGGAACAUUUUGAAUAAUUCAGGCAGUUGUAAAAAUGUAAUUUCUAACACUGCAACAUUCCAUCCUUUUCAUUUCGGAAUUUCCUACUUAACCAAAGUGAAUGGUUGAUUUUGGUCUUUUAACAAAGUAUUUUUAGAAGAUAUUUUCUCUUUAUAUGAAAAACGGUCUUAUUUUUGUAUUUGAUAGCUAUUUAUUUUUUUUAAUCAGAUAUUGGUGACGCAUGAGGCCAGUAUAUAGAGUAUAUUUGUAUAAGCCGGAGCCUGUAGUGUUUAAUUUAAAAGGCAAAGCAGAAAUGAUGGGUGCUAUUUAUUCAUUUUCUCACUGAUAAUGUCAACCCAUACUUAAGAUAAUUUUUUUUUUUUUUUUUUUUACGUUUUUCUAGGACCUCUGUUAUUCUUGUCAGAAAUGGUAGAGGAAAGUGGAAUCUACAGUUUCCAUGAAUUGGUUGUCAUCCAUGUCUGCAUAGCUCAGGAAAAUCAGUACAGAAGCAUUAUAGCGUGCCAAAUAGUUGUCAGUUUCAAUUAGUGAACUACUCAUUCAUAAACUCAGACUGUUUACCUAAAUCCAUAUAGUCUUUUGUGAUUACUUAAGUGUCACCUCAUUACCACAUUUUAGUGGAGGGGAUUGUAUGCUGAAUAAAGCUAUUACGCAGUUCUUAUUUUAGAGAAUCUAUCUUUUCUAGUGGUUUGUUUUUAUCUGUCAUCCUGUAUUUUAUAAGGUCUGACUAGAUGCCAAGCAAAUUGACCUUUUAAAUGUUGAAUUGGUCAUAUGGUCAAAGAGCCUUUGUUUGUUUGUUGACCAUUCACAUACCUGAACAGCAGGUGUCAGUGUUGCUCUUAAUAUAGCUGGAAAAAAAAAAGAA